AAUCAUUUUCCCGUGCCCCGUGCUAGCUGUGUAGGUGCGUGCGUGUGAGUUUGUUUAUGAGGAAAAUAAUCCUCCAGCUCUUUCUCCGGUACCACACCGGACGAAAUUCCACACACAGGGAAGGAUAAAAAAAAUUCUCGCUUUCCAAAACCUUUUCCAUUUUGGGCCGUAAAUGAUGGGUGAAUGAAUCGAGAAAAAGGGGGGUUUGCAGUUUCGGGAGUUUUCCACCCACUGAGAUGGAGGUGAAGUGAAAUCUCCGUUUCUCGUACGUGUGAAGCAAAGUGUAAGUGUGCGUGUGUGGUUGUGUAUGUGUGCCAGAGCAUGUGUGUGCGUAUGUGUGUGUGCACUGCCAAGAUAAUGAUGGUGCGUACGUCCGUUCGCAGUAGAAGCAUCCGUGCGAAGUUACAUCUUGCUACGACUUCAUCCAAAAUUACUGCAGCGUGAAGCAAAACCGCAAAGUCAGCAGCAUUGCAAACGUCUUUUCUCUUCCGUGGUUGUGAGAAGUUCCACACUAACUAAAGGAAGGAGAAGAAGAAAAAAACAACACCAAACCACCCCGAAAACCUCGCCCCUUUCCCGGACCGAAUCAAAAGGAAAACCCCCGAAACCAAACGGUCAGCAAACGUCUACAUUUCGGGACGAAACUACCACUACGUUUUUUCUUUCUCCUUUCGGAGGGGGCCGGAAAUUACCUUUUUCCCCCUUCGGUGCUGGUGUGGUGUGGUUACCCUGCAGCAGUCUCUUCCAAUCGGAAUCGGGUGAAGUAGAGAAUAUUUGAUUUUCGUUUCAUUUCGGAUUUAUGGUUCACUUCCGUUUUGCUACACGUCCCAGCCAACAAAUCGAACCUGCGCCUCCCAUGUGUUUUCGUGUAGUUACAGUGCUGUGGUAACAGUUGUUCCCUUAGCUUUUUGGCUGAAUAAUUCGAAUCGUUCGCAUAACUGAAAACGUUCAACGUGAACCGCCGGUCAGUGUGAGUAACGGGCAACGGUAACGCUUUCAUCAUAACACCGCCACAAUUAAUGGGCAAAGAAUCGUCGAAAAGAAAGCACAGAAGAAGAGGAGAAAAAAUCCCAGCAUCAUCGGAGCAUCAUCAUCAUCAUCAUCGACGUCGUUAUUAACGUCGGUGCACGGAGAAAAGCACAACAACCGCAAAAAAAGACCCCCCUCGACAGAGUCCCACGUGUGGGAGCGUACAGCAGUGUGCCGGCACCAUAAGCGUUACGUAAUAAAUUUUCAUAUAAAACGAGCUCCCCAUAACAAGGAUUAAAUUGGAUUUAUUACCAGUGAAUGAAAAAUUGAUUUAUGUACAAAAUUGAUUUUUCUCCCCACAAAAUAACACCCCGGUAAAGCAAGUGUGUGUGCGUGUGUGUUUGCAUGUUGCGAAAAUAAGUGAGUUCCGCAUCCGGUGUAUGUGUGUGUCCGUUCUUUUCGGCCGGAAAAUUAAGUAUGUGAAUAAUAAUUGAUCCCUAGUUGGACUGCCUAGUCUAUUACUUAAGGGACUCAUCGAUGGAGUUCGACUCCCGUAACGCCACCGUGCGGUGUACUGUGACAACGGCCAGAACCAAAUAGUGUGUGUUUGAGUGUGUGUAUAACAAAAAAACUCCCGUAACCAUGAUACAGCGGCCACGGAGCGAUCACCGUGUAAAACCGUAACGGAUCCAGUAACCAGACGCGCACACAGUGAGUAAUGCAAAUGAAAACAUCACAUAGCAAACAGAGAGCGCCGUACAUGAUCUGCAACACCAUGGCAACGACGUCGCGAUCGACGCCGUACUGUUGUUGAUCCAAAACGAAAACGGGACUAUUUAAAGAAGAAAAAAACAAACAAUCAUUUGAAAGCUUUUGGAGGUUGUACCGUGUCGAGUUCCUUUUACUUUUAAGUUUUCCAUCUGUUCGCUUCGAGAGAGUGAGAGAGAGAGAGCGAGAACGAUGGAGUGUCACAUCUCGAAACAGCAGCAGCAGCAGCAGCUGCAGCACCACAGACAUUCGAUGGAGGCGGUGGAUGAGUGGCAGUGGUGGCAGUUCCGGAUAGGGACGCAUCGGUGGUGUGCCUGGCGGAAGCUUUCCCGGCCAUCGCGCGCACUGCUGGUGAUGGUGGUGUUGCUGCUGACCAUUGUCGGCCGCAGUACGGUGAGCGGCGAACCGAACUGUCCCUCCGCCUGCCAGUGCAAGUGGAAGGGCGGGAAGCAGGCGGUGGAGUGUUUGAGCGGUAAUCUGUUCACGAUACCGGAGAACAUCGAUCACUCGACGCAGGUGCUGGACGUGUCCGGGAACAAUCUGCAGAUCAUCUCGAACGAAACGUUCGUCCGGUCGAAUCUGCUCAACCUGCAGAAGCUGUACAUGCGGGACUGUCGCAUCGGCCAGAUCGAUGACGGUGCGUUUGCCGGGUUGACGAAUCUGGUCGAGCUGGAUCUGUCGAUCAAUCUGCUCACGGCGGUACCGUCCGCUGCGUUUCAGCACAUCGUAUCGCUGCGCGAUCUAACGCUCGCCCGUAACCACAUCCAGAAGAUAGAAAGUCACGCGUUCCGGAACGUGACGGCACUGACCAAGCUGGAUCUGUCGUUCUGCAGCAUCCAGACGAUUGCACCGCAAGCAUUCGAAGGGCUCGGGUCGCUCCAUUCGCUCAAGCUGAACGGUAAUCAGCUGUCCGAGUUGCGCCCGAAAACGAUCGAAACGUUAAGCCGACUGCACGGUAUCGAGCUGCACGAAAAUCCCUGGGUGUGCGACUGUCGAUUGCGGGCGGCCAAGCUAUGGCUAACGGAGCACAACAUCCCGUACCCGAUUGCACCGACCUGUGCCGGUGGUCCGGAACGGGUGAUGGACAAAACGUUCGGCGAGCUGCAGGUCGAUGAUUUUGCCUGCAAGCCGGAAAUGUUGCCCGUGCGACGUUUCAUCCAGGCGUACAGCGGUGAGAAUGCGACGAUCGAAUGCCGCAGCUCGGCCGUCCCGUCCGCCACCGUCAACUGGUACUGGAACGGGAAGCUGCUGGUGAACAACUCACACUUCAGUGCGUACCAGCGUGUGCUGGUGUACGAGCAGGGCAACUUCGAGAAGCGCAGCAAGCUAACGCUCACGAACGCGCAGGAGACGGAUUCGAGCGAGUUUUACUGCGUGGUGGAAAAUCGGGCCGGUACGGCGGAGGCGAACUUUACGCUGCACGUAACGAUGCGCGAUAUCGCGAUCGAUAAUCGGCAGAUCAUUGGGCUGAGUGCGGCUCUGGUCAUACUGAUACUGUUCAUCCUGCUGAUCAUACUGUUCCUGCUGGUGCGAUUACGGCGCAUACCGAUGACGGAGACGAAAACCCCGAACCAGGUCGAGGUGAUCACGUCCGUAAGUCCCUCUAGCAAUGUAAAUGGCAAGGUGGCGACACCUAUUAACGAUUGUCAUUCUCCAGAUCGAAAAAACGCCCCCGGCGAUCUAAAGUGCUACCCGUCGUCGGCGGCGAAUCCGGUACAGAAGCCACCGCGGUUAACCGAUCUGCCGUACUCGACGUCACACUAUGACGGUGGCGGCAGUCUGAUCGCGUCCGGUCAGUGUUUCGUCUCGCCGACACACUCGCUCACCGGGAAUAAUCCGGACCUGAUCAACGAUACGAAGCGGCUGGGCAGCGGUACCGAUCUGGCCACCGGUGCCACUGGUGGGCUACCGUCAUCAACGGCGAUCGGAGUUGCCGAUCCGCUCGCACACCUGAGCCAGCUACAGAUGCAGGCCACCACCGCACUCAACACCGCACUCGCGCUGAUGGACCCGGUCGAGCGGCCGGGCAGUGGCGAGUAUAGCCGGGCCGGUUGUGACUCGCUCUAUCCGUCCGGGCUGUGGGAAACGCACAGCUCCAACCUAGCGACCACCGGACUCGACCACGGUGGUGGUGGUGGUGGUACCGGUGUUACCGGCCACGGUCCCUACUCCGACAAACUACCCAUCCUCGGUUCGUCCACGACCGGACCGACCAUGCUGAACCUGGAUGACGAAACGUCCUCGGUCGACUACCUGAGCCGGACGUUUCCGCGCACCCAUCUCACCACCGGCCUCUCCCUUUCCGCAUCCACCACCGGAUCUGCCGGUGGGUAUGGGCAUGCGGGUGCUUCCGGUACGACAGCACCGACCAGCGGCAGUACCGGCGGUGGCUAUCCAGCCGAUUAUGGUCUCCCGAUAGUGCCCGGUGCGGAACAGCUGCACAACAAGCUGGCGAGCAUACAGCCGGCCCACCACGGUAGCACCGGCAGCAUGCCGAUGAACGCGAAAACGCUACGGGUGUGGCAAAAGGGCGGUGUGCCGGUUCUGCCACCGGUCACCGCCUUAAAACGUGCUUUAUCCAACAGCCGCAACUCGCCCGACGAAGGCUACCAGGAGGGCUGCGGGACGGAUGUGUAGUCCAGCUUUUAGGCUUUCCGCUUGCCCUCACUAGCAACAGCCCACGACCAGCCGCCUCCCUCCCCGGCCCCAGCGAGUGAUAACAGCGAUGAGGACGACGUGUGAGCAGGCGACGAACCCCCGCUGCGUGACAACACCGCCCGGCGGGUAUGCAAUUCGCAUGCACGCGACGUAACGCUCCGUAACCGCUCGUAGUUUUUCAUAUCGCUGUGUUUUUUUUUUUAUUUUGGGUUUGAUUUUCCCCUCGCUCUUAGUCAAAUCGUACCACGCCUCGCGAACCUCGAAGUAGCUAGAUCGAUGCUCGUACCGCUCGCGAACGAGAGAGAGAGAGAGAGAGAGAGAGAGAAAAAAGAAGAUAAACAACAAGCAAACAUGUAUAACAAAACGACCGCCGAGUGAGAUGUGACGAUUUUCCUGUGGUAGCGAAGAAGUAUCCCAAAGAAAAGAAAUUUAAAAAAAAAACAUACAACACGACAGAAGUAUAGCGAAAACACUUGUUCCAAGGCGCCAAGAUACAGCACCCGGUGUAUGUAUAAGUAUGUGUAUGUGUGUGUUUGUAAAUAUUGUUUGUGAUGCAGGUCGGGGAAGAAAUGUUCCGAUUUUAAGUUACGGAUUUUUUUUUCGGUCGGUGUUCGUCGAGUCGAGAGUACUAUAUCCGGUCGAUUUGACGAAGGUGGUUGACACUGGGUAGUGGGGAAACAAGGAGGGACGUGAAAAAAAAACACUGUGACAAACAAACAAAAAAAGGGGGGCAGUUGCCUAAUGAGGGCGAUAGCGGAAAGUGUAUGAAUGUGAUAAGUACUGUGAAAAGGUACAACCCUUUUUUUCAUCUCAUUUAUUUAAACUCCUGUAUUUUUUUUAUACAUCAUAACCCAAACGUAAGUACGUAAGAGCGAGGCGACUGGGAUACGGUGCCCAGAACAGGCGCCCCUCAGUCGCCGUAGAGCAUAAGCAUAAGGUGUAGUAGGUACCAGCCUCCUUUUCCCAUCCACCCAUCCCGUUAUGUCCGGGCAUUUGCUCGGUUUUCCACGUUCACAGUGCGCUGGAAAAAGUGGCACAUGUUGUUUUCCUUUCCCCGAAUGUUACGUUCGCACCGAAGCACGCAGACUGUUUUCCAUCCUCCAUCGGGCUUCUGCCAUGCUCGGAUCGUUCAGUAUCCGGGGCUGUGUUGAACUGUGUAUUGUAUCAUUAGAGUUGGAGAGUUUCCAAACGGUGCACACGAUGCUUCAAAGGAAACACAGGCGUAGUUUUCAAAGAGUUUUCCGAGCAAGCAAGGAAAAAAAGAAGUUUAAUACACCUGGGAAAAGGAACCAGGUUCCGGCAGCGCGGCAGUGAUGAGAGGUUAGAGAGCGUCGCAUACGGGUUGCGUUGUAGAAAGCAAAACCGAAAAGAAAAAAACCUAGAACGAGAAGGCUAGAAGAACACACUCACUCUCUGAGACAAAAAAGACUUGUAAACUUAAUUAAUGAAGGUAAAUACUUAGGUGUACAGAAAACUUUGUUUAUAUAAUUAUAGUGUGGGAGUAAAUAAAUUAUAUCUAUAUACACAAAAUCAUGGAUGAAAAACAGAAAAAACACACACACACACAAAGGCGCACACGCAACAGAAGAUUAAAAAAAUACUCGCGUUAGUGUAGUAGCAGGAAAUGUGUUAAAGAAAUUCAAAAUGUGCACCUGUUGGAAGAGGAAAAAAACAGGAAGAAACAAACGCGAUCACAUUUUUAGUAUAAAUUGGUGUGAGACUGUGCGUGUGUGUGUGUGUGUGUGUGUGUGAUGUAGAACAGUCAAGUGAAGAAAAAAAAACGAAACAAAAAACAAAAAAAUAUUACAAAAGAAGAACAAAUCAUUCACAUCAUAUGCAAAAUGUCAUUUAAGAAACAGAUAAAUGGUUGCAAUUUCAGAACAAACACAACAAAACAAAACAAUGAAACACAAAAUUAAAACAGCGAAAACAUUGAACGAUCAUUACAGAAGCGAACAGCGAGAGAGUGAAAAGAAAAACAAUUAGAAAGAAAAAACACACACUUAGGCUAGUUUUAUAAACGACAUCCAAAAACCGAACGAAACAGACAAACGAGAAACAGCAAAACAUAAAAACCCAGUCACCCAUGAAUAUGCACAGCAACGCAAAAACUUGUACAGUGCGUUGGUUUAAUUGAAAUGGAACAUUUAAUGUUUGAAGAAAAAAAAACCAUAAGAAAACAGAAACAUGCAAACCCCAAAGAAACAUAGCAUUCCGACUAAAUGCAACACUCAAAAACUCAUAAUGGCAUACAUUUUAGCGCAAACAGAGAGAGCAAAACAACAACAAAAGAGGAAAAGUAAAACCAGUUAAAGCAAACCAUCAAACGAUCAAAGAGGAAACCAAUUUGAAGAAGAAAAAAAUGGAAAAGAAAAAUGAAACAAACAAAACGGCAACAGAAACGUGUUUUACGCUAGAACAAAGCACUGGGCGGAAAACCAAAGACUUUAAGGAUGAAUAAUGAAUCCGUGAAGGUGCGAAAGAUACGGCAACAUAGAGCGGCAGAAAAAGCAAAACACGAUUAGGAGCAAAUACUAUAGUUGGGAAAGCUCAACCAGGCUCAAGGUGAUGAAGCACGGAGAACGGACGAACAAACGAACAUUGUUCGAGGCCGAAUAGAAGUAAAAAAGAGGGAUAUUAACGGAUGCGUGAACAAAAAAAGAAGUUUCCCUGUUGAAGAAUCUUGCAGAAGAAAACUGUGCAAGCACACAUACCUUCUUAUAUAUAUAUACAUAUACCUUUAGUGAAAAGAAGUAAAAAAAAUCGUGAAAACAAAAAACAGCCCUGCCGCCUUUCGGGAAAAUUCGUCCCGCGAGGCAAAUGGGUUGCUUGAUUCUGUGUAUAGUUAAAACAAAACGGAGGGCGCCAGGUUCCCGUAACGCCACCAAUGAGUCUCUUACGCGCGUGCCCCCUCUCUUCUCGCUGUUUCGUCGUCAAAGAAGUCGAAAAAGAUGAAUCGAUCGUUGUUUUUGGGGAAAGCGAAAAGACACGGGGGUAGUAAAAGGGAUUCGGGAAAAUAAGGGAAUAAGGGAAAGUAAAAACGAAGUACGGAAAAAUAAAGACAUGAGUAAGUGAAAAUCGAACAAAAAACAUACAAAAAAAACCGUCAGCCGCAUUAAUGACUACAUUUACUUGACGAUGGGUCAAAAGAGAUGGAAAAAAUGUGAGAAAAACAUUCCGCCAAGAAAAUGGGUGUUCGCUUUUCUUUUCUUCCCAUUUCGUUUUUUUUCUUGCUUCACCGUUGAGUAAGGUUUUUCGCCAGAUGACUUUUACCGUUCGAACGUUCGCCCGUUCCGUUCGUCCUGGAUGCUGGACGAAAUGAUGUGCUGCUCCUUGGUCUUCUAAUUGAUGUAUUCUUCAGGGUGGUGGUGUUCGAAGGGACGCAGUCAGUUGUUUGUUUGAAACCGCUACGGCAGUGAAUGAAUGAAUUAUGAUCGCAAACAAUGGAGUGUGUUUUUGGGGGCAGUAUUUUCCUGAACAAUAUUUUCCCUUUCUCAUCAUGGUCAUGGUUUGCAUGGUUUUGUAAAAUUGUCGAAGAAAAAAAUUGCAAAAAGAAGCAAAAGAAAGUCUUCGAGAGUUGUUCGUUUGUAAAAUAGGCCGAACUCUUCCGAAAAUAUCCUGGUAAAGGUUUACGGUUAAGGAAACCGUUCAAUUCACAACAAAUGAUGGUGGUCCACUGGUUGUUUGUGUGUCUGCUUGUUUUCCCGGUUUUUGUAUCCCGCACAAAUAUCCGCUUCCCCAUCGGCAACUGGUACUGUUUGCAGAAGCUCAUCGAAGGCACAACACAAACGAAGGUUCCGGAAGAAAAACGAUACACGAAACGAAACGAGACACCGGGUAAAUGGUAGCUCAGCGCGAAAUUUUCCAAACAACAGCACACAAAAAGGUCCCAAAAUAGAGCACAAAACUUUAUGCGCUAAAGCAGCGAAAGCGAGCAGGGGAACGUUUUAAAACGGCGUACGAAAACUUUUAAUUAGCCAGCCUCUAUUGUCGGUUGCUGACUGGGGUACGGCUGGGUAGUAGUGGGUCCAGUCCUGAACUCCCCGCACACUAUAAUGGUGGCGCAAAUUUUGCCUCGCAGGAAAGAAUGCUGACUCCUCUUUUGCCAGUCUUGCAAUGUCCAUACAAUGGACGGUAAUUUAUCCUACUCGAAUUGUCCUGCACUUCCACAACUCCAACGCGGUUCAGCUACUCUCCUAGCAGGAGCUCUUUAUCCUGUGCCGCAGCUCCAUGGAUCGCUUUAUUUAAUUCCCCAACACUAAUGCCCGCUGGAAAAUUAUCUCAAAUGACAAAUGAUGUAACUGCAGGCAUGCAAAGAC